CUUUGUGCUAUGUUGACUUCAUGUCAGAUGCCGUAAUUAUGAGUUACUCGAAAAAUCACUCAUCUUCAUUAAACUAAAAUUUUGCAAAUAAAGGAUUGUUCAAUACAAGUAAGCUCAGAAGGUAUUUGUAGCAUAAUGGUGAUUAACACAGAAAAUAACUUUGCCUUAUCAAUCAUUCAAGCAUAUAUCUACUGGUUACAGGAAGGCAAUUACAGUGGAAGUGAAGGUGCUAGACAAAAUAUUCUGUUUUAUGAAGUAUGAUGCGUUUUUCAACUGUCUUGGUUACAUGCUGAUAGAAUUUGUAAAGGCUUGGCACAAAUUAUGUGAUUGUUAUAUCAAUAAGACUGUAUCUAUUCUAUUAACCUAAUUGCCUAGGCUUUUAAUCCAUUAACAGUGGUAUUGAUUGAUAGGAUUGAUUGUCCAGAUCAAUAACCUCUCACUGCUGAGCGACUGAAUGGAUUCUCCCAUUUUAAGCCUUCUGCUUUUAAAAAUGACAGGCUGAGGAUGAACACAUCAUAUCGUUAUCGGAAUUCCUUUUGUCCUUUUUCAAACCCUGAAAAAGCAAAACAAAGCAUUCAGCUCAAGCAUGUAAAUAAAGUGUAGUUACUCAACAACUGUAAUAUUGUUUAGGAACAUCAUUACAAUUCGAUAGUUGAAAUGAAACUGUAAGAAUGAUAAUCUGGUGAGAAUUACCAUCUCACUGAUAUAACCUCACUGAUUUAGAGUCACAAAUUCUGUCUUUCAUGUGAGAUGUUAAACCGAGGUCCUGAUUCGUUAAAAAUCCCAGGGCACUUCUCGAAAACAGUAGGGGUGUAACCUCGUUGUCCUGGUCAGAUUUGCCAAUUGGCCUAUAUCCAUCAUGGCUUCCUAAUAAUCCCCUAGUCAAUAAACUGCUCUCCUCUCCACCAAUAGCUGGUGUGUGGUGCCGUUCUGGUCUGAUGUCAAACAACAUUUAAUGGUUCGCCCCAUUGUACACUUUCAUAUUAAAUAAUGUUAGUAACCUUACUAACAUUAUUAUGCAUUAUUUAUAACAUAUUCUUUACCUAAUUCCGGGUCAAAAAUGAACCUAAGACAAUAGAAUGGUUAAGAGUCAUGAGCAAUAAAAUUUAAAAACUAUACUAAAGAAAACACCAGCUCCUGUGAAAAAAAUCUAUAAACAACAACAAAUACCUCUAAAUAAUUGCAGUAAUGUGGACAAAAAUAUAUAUUUUAAUAAAAUAAAAUAUGCAAAAUACAAUUUCAUGGCUGGCAAUACAUGUUUACCACUGACAGGUGUACCACUGUCAGGUGUGUUAAUUUAUGUGAACAUUUUGGUCCCUUACUAGAAUCUUUCUUAUUGCGUCUUCCUGAUGUCACUUGCAGUAAUAAGAGCCAAAUUAAUAAUUAAUUCUGUUCCUUACCUUAUCUCUCCUAAGAUCUCACACUGUCUCUUGUUAUAAUAGUUACAUUUCAGCAUUCUUACGCCUGUGGUUUAUUCCUGUGAAAUCCUGCUGUGUCGCGACUUCUCUUUUGUUUAUUUUUGUGCAGUGUUUUGACACAUGGGUGUGCAUGGGAACAUGCUUUACGUGUGAUUAUGGUAGUGGAUGCCAGACAUUACUUUCUUUAGCAAUCCUGUAAUCUGACUCACAAGUAAUAUAAUGAAAAAGCAGGGCUGUGUCUCCACAGGGGGUCCACCCUACUUAUACUCUCUUUCGUUACCAGCCUCCAGUAUUUACUUACAGCACAGACCUGAUUAUUUCUUCAGCACUUUGGCUGAGUGCAGUUUUGUGUCUGAAGUGCUGCCUGUCAUCAAACUGUCACCUGAGUGCUUGGUGACCAUCUCUGGAUUUGACACGGAUAUCAGCUUAAUUUGUUAUUAUCUGGUGCACACCUUCAGAGGCCCACAUUGGUGUGAAUACUGUGCUAACUUCAUGUGGGGUCUUAUCUCCCAGGGCGUCCGUUGUUCAGACUGUGGACUGAACGUGCACAAGCAGUGCUCUAAACUGGUGCCCAGCGACUGUCAGCCAGACUUGAGCCGGAUCAAGAAGGUCUUCAGCUGCGAUCUCACCACGCUGGUCAAAGCCCACAAUACACCACGGCCGAUGGUUCUGGACAUGUGUAUCAAAGAGAUCGAGAACAGAGGGUUGAAAUCAGAGGGUCUCUACAGAGUGUCUGGCUUCACAGAACACAUCGAAGACGUCAGAUUGGCUUUUGAUAGAGAUGGUGAGAAGGCAGACAUCAGUGCCAAUGUAUACACCGACAUCAACAUCAUUGCUGGAGCGCUGAAGCUUUAUCUGCGAGACCUGCCUAUUCCAGUCAUCACAUAUGACGUUUACUACAAAUUCAUACAGGCAGCAAAAAUAACAGACCCAGACUCUAGACUAGAGGCAGUUCACGAUGGCCUCCUUCAGCUCCCCCCAGCCCACUAUGAGACCCUGCGUUACCUGAUGACACACCUGAAGAGGGUCACCGUGUAUGAGAAAGAAAAUUACAUGACCGCAGAGAAUCUAGGAAUUAUUUUUGGACCAACGCUCAUGCGGCCACCAGACCAAUACACGCUCAGCACUCUCAACGACAUGAGAUAUCAGAAAAUUAUUGUUCAACUCCUGAUAGAGCACGAGGACAUUUUGUUUUAAACAGCUAAAUUGAAGAAAUAUGUUUUAUAGACUUCACACAGAAAUGAACAAGAAGCUAAUCAAUUUUGUUGCAGCCUGCCACAAUUUUCAAAGAUAUUUAGAUUAAAGGGAUAGUUCACCUAAAAAUUCUCUCAUUAUUUUCUCAUCCUCAUGCCAUCCCAGAUGUGUAUGACUUUCUUUCUUCUGCAAAGCUCAAAUGUUUUUAGAAGAAUAUUUCUGCUCUGUUUGUCUGUACACUGCAAGUGAAUGGUGGCCAGAACUUUGAAGCAUAAAAGUAAUCCAUAUGACUCCAGUGGUUUAAUCCAUGUCAUCAAAAGCGAUAGGUGUGGAUGUGAAACAGAUCAAUAUUUUAUUCCUUUUUAAUACAAAUCUCCACUUUCACCAGCCCACAUAAGAGCUCUCUUCGCUUGUAGGAGUUCUUCUUUUGUUUUAGGUGAUUGAGAUUCUUUUUGCAUAUCGCCAUCUACUGGGCAGUGUGGAGAAUUUAUAGUAAAAAGGACUUAAAUAUUGCUCUGUUUCUCACCAACACUUAUCAUGUUGCUUCUGUUCUGAAGACUUCUUCUGAGAGAAUUUAAAUUUUUGGGUGAAUUAUUCCUUUAAUCAGAUUUUACAUUCAAAUUUCACUCGAUGUGUUUCUCAAACCCAAGUAAUAGUAACAUUUUAUGCAAAUACGGUUACUAGUAACAUUCUGUAUUCAAAAUUUACAAUGAAUACAGAAUUCAUUAUAAAUAGAUUAAUGAUGGGCAUUUAAUUUGAUCAAUUGGUUUUAUUACUAGAGUGAUGCCAAAUAUGUACGAUGCAUUGAUCUUGGUGCUCUACAUGAUCCAUAGCUCUUGGAUCAAAAGCAUUUUGAGUUUGUGAAACUGACGUAUUGUCAAUAAUGAAUUCUAAAAAGUAUAUUUUUGGGGUUUUGAGAUUGGUUAAUGUACAGUGUGUUAUAAUGGUCAGACUAUUGAAAUCCUAUGUAAAGCACUUUUUAAUUUUACAAAGAGUGUAAGUAGUUGUUUCAUGUAUCUUGUUGAAUCAUUGUAGAUAUUGCUGUAGUUAAUCCAUUGCUCCCUCAAAUCAUUUUUUGUUUACUGUAAAAACAAUGAAGUGAAAUGAAUGAAAUGACAUUUUUUGGUCAUGGCAAGACAUCAGCAAAACAAACUGGACAAAAUGGUUCUGUCAGCAUUUAUUUAAAGCUCAUUGUCCCUUCUUGGACUUUAAACUUUCCUCCUAUUUAAAGAAUGACACUCAACAAAAUUGCUUAUAUUGUAUUCAUUUACCUCCCAUGAGAAAAAAAAGAAGGUACAAUUGCCUUGGUCUAAGUUCUUUUAAGUUGUUUAUUUGAAAUAAGACCUUUCUACAAAUUUGUUUUGUUAAGAUAUUUUCUGUGAAGAAUGUAAUUUUUAUUGUAAUUUAUGAAAUGAUGAUUUAU